AAUUUAAAACAAUAUAGAAAAUGGGGCAACACAGAAAUUCAAUUGAUAAAUAUUAUUGUCACUCCUAAAAUUCCAAUAUCUUAGAUUGUCAAGUCUAGAUGAGAGAACGACAAUAAUUUAAAGUAAGGUUAGAAAACAACUUAUGAAAGUCAGAUUUCCAGCUACUCUAUAAUAACUGUCUGUCGCACACAAUUUAUGUUAUUGUAACUUUGUCCAUUUAAGCAAAUAACAACUCAAUAUUUAUAAUUAUAUUUAAAUAAUGGCUCUUAAAACGGCUGCUCAGUUCACCAAACAUUUUCAAACAACAAAAUGUUUUGACAAAGUUUUAAAUAAGUUGAAAAUUACAUCCAUGGGCAAUGGCACAGCAGUAGCUGAAAUGAAAAUUGAAGAAGAUCACACAAAUGUUUUGGGAGGUUUACAUGGAGGUUUUACUGCAACUUUAGUAGAUUGCAUUUCUAGUUAUGCUUUGCUGACUGAUAAGAAUGGUGAAGUGCCUAGUGUUUCUGUAGAUUUGCACACUACGUAUUGCAAAGCUGCUCAACUAGGGGAUGAAAUUUUAGUUAAUGCAAAAACAAUAAAGGCUGGAAAAACACUUGCAUUUUUAGAAGUUGUCAUACAAAACAAAGCUACUGGUGAAGUUCUAGUGAAAGGGACGCACACGAAGUAUCUUAUGAGAGCCAAAUAAAGUCUAUUUGUUUGGAGUAGUCAAUUUUAAAUAUUUAUUAUUGUAAAUAAAUUUUAUUUAAUAUAUUUAAUAAUAUUGUU